GCCGCAGUCGGGGGCAUCGGAGGCAGCGAGGGCGAAGAGAGCCGGCGGAGGCGAGGCCCGCGCUCAGGAGGAAGCCGCGCCCGGCCGGAGGCCUCGAACCCCGAGCCCCGAGCUCCACCGCACCAUGGCCCCGAAGCUGCUCCUCCUCCUCUGCCUGUUCUCGGGCUUGCACGCGCGAUCCAGAAAGGUGGAAGAGGAUGAAUAUGAAGAUUCAUCAUCAAACCAAAAGUGGGUCUUGGCUCCAAAAUCCCAAGACACCGAUGUGACUCUUAUUCUCAACAAGUUGCUAAGAGAAUAUGAUAAAAAGCUGAGGCCGGACAUUGGAAUAAAACCGACCGUAAUUGAUGUUGACAUCUAUGUUAACAGCAUUGGUCCUGUGUCCUCAAUAAACAUGGAAUACCAAAUUGAUAUAUUUUUUGCUCAGACCUGGACAGACAGUCGCCUUCGAUUCAACAGCACAAUGAAAAUACUUACUCUGAACAGCAACAUGGUAGGGUUAAUAUGGAUUCCAGAUACAAUCUUCCGCAAUUCUAAAACUGCAGAGGCUCACUGGAUUACCACCCCCAAUCAGCUCCUCCGAAUUUGGAAUGAUGGGAAAAUCCUUUACACCUUAAGGCUCACCAUAAACGCAGAGUGCCAGCUGCAGCUGCACAACUUCCCCAUGGAUGAGCACUCCUGCCCACUGAUUUUCUCCAGCUAUGGCUACCCCAAAGAAGAAAUGAUUUAUAGAUGGAGAAAAAAUUCAGUUGAGGCAGCUGAUCAGAAAUCCUGGCGGCUUUAUCAGUUUGACUUCAUGGGCCUCAGAAACACCACAGAGAUCGUGACAACAUCUGCAGGUAGGAAUUAA